AUGAAACUUAUCGAUAUUUUUAUUGACAACUUUUGGUGACGUUUGUUUUUCAUAUAAGAACAGUGGACGUCGUUUAGUGGUUUUUCCUUGCUUACACAUAUGUAUUUUCAAUAUAUUUUCUAAUCGAUUUAAUCGGUUUUUACAAUAAAAUCGCAAAAUGAAGUACAUUAAUUGUUAAAUUAGAAAAUAUUACGAGAUAAUCAUUUGUUUACUGUGCGGGUGAGCUCGACAGGUGACCUUAUCGGCCAUCAACAAAUUUACACUUGAUGUGAAGGAUAUUGACAAUAUGCAAAGUUUCUCCACAAAAGCUAAAGAAAUGUUUAUCGUUCGUGCAUUGGAAAAAAUUUUAGCUGACAAAGACAUUCGACGCUCCCAUCAUUCGCAAUUAAAAAAGUCUUGCGACUCAGCGCUUGAACAUAUAAAAAUCGAGCUCAUCAACGCUGGUCAAAUUGCGGAGGGCAAUGAGUUGCCUUGUGCAGCAUUGCCUCUACCAAAAAAUGACGCAGCCAGUAUUAUUAAUGCAGAAACGUAUUUUCUGCCCUUCGAAUUGGCGUGCAAGAGUCGGUCGCCACGAAUUGUUGUAACCGCACUUGACUGUUUGCAAAAGCUUAUAGCAUAUGGUCAUUUGACAGGUGCUAUACAAGACUCUGCGAGCCCUGGACAUUUGCUUAUUGACCGUAUCGUUAAUACUAUUUGUGGAUGCUUCAAUGGACCACAGACCGAUGAAGGUGUACAAUUACAAAUUAUUAAGGCUUUACUUACCGUAGUUACAUCACAGCAUGUGGAAAUUCACGAAGGCACCGUAUUGCAGGCCGUGCGUACUUGCUAUGACAUCUAUUUGUCGAGUAAGAAUCUAGUCAAUCAGACAACUGCGCGUGCAACACUAACCCAGAUGCUGAAUGUGAUAUUUGCGCGCAUGGAGAACCAAGAAUAUGAGACAAGCACGAAUCCCCAUACGGAAAGCAUUGGCAAGAGCGGCUCUAGCACCGAUUUCGGUGCACAAUCACUAAGCGCUGAAACGGAAGAACCAAUAAAUGGUAAUGAACAAGAAAUGUCACUGGAAGAAAUUGCUGCUUUCGUUUUGGAAGAAGUUUUAAAUAGUGCCUUCGAUCAAGCACUCAAAGAAAAGUCACCACCUGCUGCUGAGGAUUCAAUAAAUUCUUCAUUUGGUUCAGUUGAAACAAUCGACAACCACACCAACUCCGAAGAAAAUGCAGAAAACCAAAAUGAAAGUGAUGCAGUAGUCACUGCGAAAUUCACACAUAUUUUACAAAAAGACGCGUUUCUCGUUUUUCGAGCUCUAUGCAAAUUGAGUAUGAAACCAUUACCAGAAGGACAUCCCGAUCCUAAAUCUCACGAAUUGCGUUCAAAAGUUUUAUCGUUACACUUAUUGCUUUCGAUUUUACAAAACGCAGGACCGGUUUUUCGUUCGAAUGAAAUGUUCAUUAUGGCUAUAAAACAGUAUCUGUGUGUUGCACUCUCCAAAAAUGGCGUUAGCUUGGUGCCGGAAGUGUUCGAGUUGUCACUUUCCAUAUUCGUUGCUCUGCUAUCGAACUUCAAAGUGCACCUAAAGAAGCAAAUAGAAGUAUUCUUCAAAGAGAUCUUUCUAAAUAUUUUGGAAGCUAACUCUAGUUCUUUUGAACAUAAAUGGAUGGUAAUUCAAGCUCUAACCCGCAUUUGUGCCGAUGCUCAGUCAGUUGUGGAUAUCUACGUUAAUUAUGACUGUGAUUUUUCUGCCGCAAAUUUAUUUGAGCGUCUCGUCAACGAUUUGUCAAAAAUUGCGCAGGGUCGUCAAGCACUAGAGCUGGGUGCAAAUCCUUUGCAGGAGAAAUCAAUGCGCAAACGGGGACUGGAGUGUUUAGUUUCAAUAUUGAAGUGUAUGGUUGAAUGGAGUCAGGAUUUGUAUGUGAAUCCCAACUUGUCAUCACUGAAUCCUCAAGAGUCUGCCAAUACACACGCCACGCACAAAACUAUGGCCGAAUCAGCACAUAAGCAAACUCAUUUGGAUAAUACCGAUGCGAUUUCGCAAACCAACAACUCUACCACCCGUUCGGCCUAUGGUGGCUCCAGCCAUAGCCUAAACUCUUAUGGUAGUGUAAAGAACACAGAGGUACUUGAUUUGCCUGAAGCAUUGGAAGAGCGCAAAAUGCGCAAGGAAGUGAUGGAAACUGGUAUUGAAUUAUUUAAUAGGAAACAUAAAAAAGGCGUACAGUUCCUACAGGAAAAGCAACUUCUGGGCACGAAAGCAAUGGAUAUUGCUAAGUGGUUGCACGAAGACGAGCGUUUGGAUAAAACUGUUAUCGGUAAUUAUCUGGGGGAAAAUGACGAUCAUUCGAAGGAGGUUAUGUGCGCUUACAUUGAUGCCUUUGACUUUCAUAAUUUGGAGGUUGUGGCUGCGCUGCGUCUCUUACUUGAAGAGUUCCGUUUGCCUGGCGAAGCCCAAAAAAUCGAUCGUCUGAUGGAAAAAUUUGCGAGUCGUUAUUGCGAGUGCAAUCCGAAUAAUCAACUCUUUCAGAGUGCCGACACUGUGUAUGUUCUAGCAUUUUCCAUAAUUAUGUUGACGACAGAUUUGCAUUCACCGCAAGUUAAGAAUAAAAUGACUAAAGAGCAAUACAUUAAAAUGAAUCGCGGUAUAAGUGACAGCAAAGAUGACUUACCGGAAGAGUAUUUGUCGUCAAUUUAUGAUGAGAUUGCUGGACAUGAGAUCAAAAUGAAGAACACUGUUGUAAGUAAACCAGGCAAACAGAUCAUAGUAAACGAGAAGCGGCGUAAACUUUUGUGGAACAUGGAAAUGGAGGCUAUUUCUGCCACUGCAAAGAACCUAAUGGAGUCGGUGUCACACGUAAAAUCACCAUUUACAUCGGCCAAGCACCUCGAACACGUUCGACCCAUGUUCAAAAUGGCAUGGACACCAUUUCUAGCUGCAUUUUCUGUUGGUUUGCAGGAUUGCGAUGAUCCAGAAAUUGCAUGUCUCUGCCUAGACGGCAUACGCUGUGCGAUACGCAUUGCUUGUAUAUUCCAUAUGUCAUUGGAACGUGAUGCUUACGUACAAGCGCUGGCACGCUUUACUUUGCUUACUGCUAAUUCACCAAUAAAUGAAAUGAAAGCCAAAAAUAUAGAUACAAUAAAGACAUUGAUAAUGGUUGCACAUACAGAUGGUAAUUAUCUUGGUUCCAGCUGGCUUGAUAUUGUCAAAUGUAUCAGCCAAUUGGAGUUGGCGCAAUUGAUUGGUACUGGCGUUCGUCCGCAGUUUCUCUCCGGCGCGCAGACAACUUUGAAAGAUACUUUGAAUCCAAGUGUUAAAGAACAUAUUGGUGAGACGAGCAGUCAGAGUGUUGUCGUUGCGGUCGACCGAAUUUUUACAGGAUCAAUAAGACUAGACGGUGAUGCUAUAGUGGACUUUGUGAAGGCACUUUGUCAAGUCUCCGUUGAUGAAUUGCAAAAUGUACAACCAAGAAUGUUUUCUCUACAAAAAAUCGUAGAAAUUUCAUAUUACAAUAUGGAGCGUAUUCGUUUGCAAUGGUCUCGCAUUUGGCAAGUACUAGGUGAGCACUUCAAUGCUGUAGGCUGUAAUACCAACGAAGAGAUUGCCUUCUUUGCAUUGGAUUCAUUGCGGCAGCUAUCGAUGAAGUUUAUGGAAAAAGGCGAAUUCGCUAACUUUCGUUUCCAAAAAGACUUCCUACGACCGUUCGAACAUAUAAUGAAGAAGAAUCAAUCGCCCGCCAUUCGAGAUAUGGUAGUGCGCUGCAUUGCACAAAUGGUCAAUUCACAGGCGCAUAAUAUUAAAUCCGGUUGGAAGAAUAUAUUUUCAAUAUUUCAUUUGGCAGCAAGCGAUAAUGAAGAGGCUAUCGUUGAGUUAGCAUUCCAAACGACUGGAAAAAUCAUUGGUGAUCUCUAUCAGAAGCAAUUUGCUAUAAUGGUAGACUCUUUCCAAGACGCUGUAAAAUGUUUAUCGGAGUUCGCCUGCAAUGCACGCUUUCCGGACACCAGCAUGGAAGCAAUUCGUCUGGUACGCACCUGCGCGCUUUGUGUGCACGAUGCACCUCAGCUAUUUGCCGACCACGCCGGCAUGGAAAAUGAUAUUUCCGUUGCGGAAGAGGAUCGUGUGUGGGUGCGCGGCUGGUUUCCGAUGCUUUUCUCUCUUUCGUGUGUGGUUAAUCGUUGUAAGCUAGAUGUACGUACGCGUGGCUUGACUGUGCUCUUCGAAAUUGUUAAAACCCAUGGCGACAGUUUUAAACCAAACUGGUGGAAGGAUUUGUUCAAUGUAAUAUUUCGCAUAUUCGAUAAUAUGAAAUUACCCGAACACGUGACCGAGAAAUCUGAAUGGAUGACCACUACCUGCAAUCAUGCGCUCUAUGCAAUAAUCGAUGUUUUCACCCAAUAUUUUGAUGUGCUCGGCCAUCUACUGCUGGAAGAUCUUUUUUCACAGCUGCAUUGGUGUGUGCAGCAAAGCAACGAGCAAUUGGCGCGUUCCGGUACAAAUUGCUUGGAGAAUUUGGUGAUAUCCAAUGGAUUUAAAUUUAAUGAAGCUACCUGGGAUAAGACCUGCCAAUGCAUAUUGGACAUAUUCAAUGCUACGCUGCCGACCGAACUACUAGUAUGGCGUCCAAGUCCACACCAAAUGCCAGUUCAGUCAUUAGAACCACAUCAAAAGGCAGCUUACACUGUGGCACAGAAUGCCCACGACAAGAGCAAUCAUAACACUGCUAUCAAACGUAGUCAAUCACAACAUUCCGUUUACAGUACGCAUGUGAUGGAUGAUGAUGCAACAAUGAGUACGUCUCAGGGCUAUCAUCCCAAUUCACAUGCUAUUGUGAUGCACAAUUCACAAUUUGAAACUUUACAUAUUAAGUGUGUCGUGCAAUUGGAACUCAUACAGACAGUGGACAAUAUUGUAUUCUUUCCGGCAACCUCACGCAAGGAAGAUGCCGAGACAUUGGCACAAGCGGCUGCAGAUUUGGCCGGUAGUAAUGCGGUACAAAAUGUGUUGGAAUGCCAGCGGGAGGAGCAGGGUAUGUACAGUUACCUACACACGCGACAGCUACUAACCUUGGCCGAUUGCCUAAUGCAAUCGCAUCGCUUUGCAAAACGUUUUAAUGCGGAUCACGAGCAGCGCAAUAUAUUGUGGCGCGCAGGCUUCAAAGGAUCCAUCAAGCCAAAUCUAUUAAAGCAGGAGACUGCUUCAUUAGCCUGUGUGCUACGCAUAUUUUUGAAAAUGUAUGGCGAUGAAAAUCGUCGUACCGAUUGGCCUGGCAUCGAACAUGAAUUGAUACAGGUGUGCAAGGAGGCGCUAACUUAUUUCCUUAGUCUGCAAAGUGAAGCACAUCGUGAUGCCUGGACAUCAUUACUGCUGCUAAUACUCACACGAUUGCUGAAGAUGUCUGACGCAAGGUUUGCCACACAUGUCUCCAAUUACUAUACGCUGCUGUGUGAAAUGAUGUGCUUUGAUCUAAAGCCUGAACUAAGAAGUGUCCUUAGACGAGUCUAUAUGCGAAUUGGCCCAGUAUUUAAUAUAGUGAGCCUUAAUGUAAGGAACUAAACGACAAAAACGAAAAAAAAGAAAUAUGUAUAUCCUUUCCGAGUUUUCUUAUCUCCAUUGUAAAAUGAAAUCGUAAAUAUAUGUACGUACGUACAUAUGUAUAUGCAGUUAUAAAAUUUUAUAAUAGUGGAAUUCACCUUGUGGCUUUUGAUGUUGAAGAAUGUAAAUAUAUACCAAAUAAAAUAAAAUGAUUAGAUGAAGAAAACAAACAAACAAGUUUAGUAGCCUCAACUGAACAAAAGCAUAAAUAUAUAUGUAUACAUAUACAUACAUAUGUAUGUAAUAAUAAAAUAUGUUGUAUGUAUGUACGUUGGUUGCAAAAAGUUCUAAAUUUUUAUGUUUGUAUUAUUUCACAUAUUUGACUUGUUUUAAGUUCAUAUUAACCCAUUAAUUAUUUUGUGCACAUUUGGUGGAGGAAGCAAAUAUUGUUAUUUUAAAUAGUUUUAAGCUGCUAGCGUUAUACGAAUACGAUAUAAUAUAAAUAAACAUAU